UCUUAAUAGAUAGCUAGCAGGAAAUGCCUCGUCUAGGCUCUGCUAGAGAGUAGCGAGGGGAGGGCACGGAACCGCCGGGUCCCUCUUGGGCCGGCACUGAGCGGCUCUAAAGGGGGCCAGGCAGCUCUGGCCUUUGAGACGCACCUCUUUGCGCAGCCCCAGUGGCUCGCCUUGCUCUGUCUCAGCCGAUGGUCGAGAGUUAAGCUAUCCCCUGUCCCCUUGCGCGACGAUGGAAGAAGUAAGGAAAACCACGGUGCAGAGGCAGAGCCCCAUCAAGACUGAAUGGAAUUCCCGCUGUGUCCUUUUUACCUAUUUCCAAGGGGACAUCAGCAGCGUGGUGGAUGAGCACUUCUCCAGAGCGCUGGGCACUGUCAGGAGCCCCCAGGGACUGAGCCCUUCCGGCCGCAGCGGGGAUGUGAUCCUGAGGAAUGAUAGUGCCAUGCCUCCAAAUCAGUGGCGUUUCUCUUCUCCGUGGACAAAGCCACAGCCGGAAGCAUCUUUUGCAAAUGGUGCCGCCAGCUGCAGCUUGAGCGGAUCUGGUCCCCUGGCGGUGGAUCAGUACCCACUGUCUCUGACCGGGAGCCCCUCCGUUCAGCCCAGCGAGCUGCGGCAUUUCUCCUCCCUCGCCAGCCCCAGCUUCCCAGAGCCUGGCUACCCUCAUGCCUUCUCCACUGGGCACUUGGUUCCAGAGCCCCAGCCCGAUGGGAAAUAUGAGCCUCUCCUGAGUCUGCUCCAGCAAGAGAGAUGCCUUGCGCAUCCUCAGGAAUCUGCCUCGUGGGAGACCGGCAGCUCUGCCCAGACCGUCGGAAGCACCGGAUUGCUCUUGAACCUGCCUCCCAGCUCAGCCCCCUUUAAGAAAAUCUAUUUCCCCCCAGAUGGUGGAUCUGCUGGUGCCAGCCUUGCAGCCGAAAAAAGCCGGGCUCCAGAGAGAAGAAAAGAUUUGUUCUUUUACUGAAGCUUGGUCUGAAGAUGAGAAUUCCCUUUUGCGAACCUGCCUAUGGUUUCCUCCUGCGAAUCCGCGAGUCCAGAGACUUCACCGUCCUUUUCUCUUUGUGCCACGAAAGAGUGCCGAGUCCGGAGCAAGUUGCUGUUCUCCCCGAAAUUCAAUACUUCUCUUCCUUGGCACCCGUGCCCUGUGGCAGGUUUUUUUUUUUUAACUUGUUAAGUGAAUCCUGAGCAUGGAAGAUGGUUAAAGAGCUGUCCAGGGUCCAGCUGACCCUUUGCACCCAUUGCCCUCCUACUCAGAAGUCAGCGCCCUUACUCUCCUUCAGUAUCGUCCACAUCAAGUGAGCCUGUGGUACCCAAUGGGGUUGUCCCACCCUUCCACCUGAAGUGUCCUAGCCUUGACCCCAGACCAUGGGCAAUUUCCCUCUUUCCUCUACCCAAAGCAAAAUGGAAAUGGGGUGGGCAAGACCCAUUGAGAGUAGCUUGAGGCUGGGCACUCUGCAUCCUCCAAGUCUGGAAGGAAGCUGAAAGGGUCUCAGGCUGAUCGUGAUGAAGGAGAUACUUUCACUUGGAAAAUUGGAUUCUUCCACUCCGAAAAAGUGAUGGUUGCAAAUGGAAUUGCUGAGCAAUCUAAGAACUAACUUUCUGCACAUUAGGAAGCAAACUCUCCCAGCCCAAGUGGGGCCUAGAGUAAGUUCUGUAUCCAGAACAUUUCUGAGAUGCAAUUCCCUGAGUUCCUGGCUGCUCUCACUCUCGGGAGAAGGAGCCUGGCAUCUGACACCCCACAGGCGCACAUCCGUGCCUUUAAGGCUUCAGCAGUGGCUCAGAACCUUUACUGUAGCUCUUCCACUGUCGAUGACAUCUGGGAAAUAGUAACUUUCUGUUCAGCACAGAACCGCUGAGGCCACACAUGCGGCCGCCCACAGCAUCUUUUACACGAAUUGGAGGUGAAAGGCAAGGCUGGCUCCGAGACACAGCAGCAGGAUCUCCUUGCAGAUAGUCCCAGAUAAAAUGACAGAUUUUCCCAAACCCAUUCAUCUCUCCAAUCUGGUAGACAGCCUGGGGUCCAGCGUGAGCUCAGUACUUAACCCCCGACAAGCCCCGAAGCCUCUGCCGCCAGCGUCCCCCAUAUGCACACCCCACUUGCUCCCAUGUAACAGCUCAGAGGGUGAAUAAUAAAAUGACAUCUCUGGC